AUGACGGCUACUGCAACCACUCCACCACUAAUCCAAGCUCCAACUGCCAAAGAAAAGAAGUAUGAUCGUCAGCUUCGGCUUUGGGCUGCCAGCGGUCAGCAAGCUUUGGAGGAUAGUCACGUUCUCCUGGUCAUAGCGAGCAACGGCGACGAUGGCUCUGGAUCCAGCGUAGCUGGCGUCGAGACUCUCAAGAACCUCGUUCUGCCGAGUAUUGGAAAUUUCACGAUUGCAGACUCAGCGAAGGUCACAGAAGCCGACCUGGGAAUCAACUUCUUCUUGAGAUCACAGAGCCUGGGACAAUCAAGAGCAGAAGAGUGCAAGCAACUGCUGGAAGAGCUCAACCCUGAUGUCCAGGGACAUGCAAUAACUACACCACUCUCCGACUUGCUCAAGGAUCCCUCCCGCCUCCGACCUUAUAAUCUCAUUAUCCUUUGUGCCCCUCUUCCCCAAGAACAGCGCCGCAUCAUCUGUGAGUACGCUCAACAAUACUCAGUCUGCCUUAUCCACAUCCAAUCCGCUGGUUUCUACUCCUCCUUCUCCAUCCAACUCCCAUCAGUCUUCCCCAUAGUCGAUACACAUCCGGACCCAGACUCGAUACAGGACCUUAGACUCCUUUCGCCGUGGCCAGAGUUGCUGGCAGAAGUGAAAGCAUUAGACGAUCUUGAUAAGCUGGAAGAUCAUGAUCAUGGCCAUGUUCCCUACGCUCUAAUACUUCUGUACUACCUUGAAAAGUGGAAGCAAAAUAAUGAAGGCAAAGCACCUGAUACAUUCAAGGACAAAACACAGUUCAGAGACAUGGUCCGGGCAGCAGCAAGAACGGACAAUGCAGAAGGUGGAGAAGAAAAUUUCGACGAGGCUGCGGCUGCCGUGCUGAAGACCGUUGCCCCUUUCUCGAUAAAGAGUGGUUGCAGAGAGAUGUUCGAGAAGGACUCAUGUAAAGUCAUAAAUGAGGAUUCAGCCAGCUUCUGGAUCAUCGCCGCCGCAAUCAAGACAUUCUAUGAGACGCAUGGUGUUUUGCCUCUUCCAGGGUCAUUACCGGAUAUGAAGGCUAAAUCAGCCGAUUACAUCAAGCUUCAAAAUAUCUACAAGAGCAAGGCAAGGAAGGAUGUUGCAGAAGUGUCUCAAUCUGUACGGUCGAUGGAGAAGAAGUUUAGCAGGAAAGACGUGAUUCCGGAUGGCGAGAUCGAAGCCUUUUGCAAGAAUGCUGCUCACGUCAAAGUAUUAGAGGGCAGCCUACUGCCUCAGCUGCGGAUCGAGAAAGGGGAUAUACAGACCAGAAAAACGAUGCUGAACGAGCUGCAGAAUACUGAGACGCUUCUGCCGAUCUUGCUUGCUUUCGAAAAUGGCAGUAGAUCACAACUGGAUGAUAUGAUCGCAAACAAUGGCAAGAUUGAUUUCGAGGCACUGAACAAUCAAUUUGCAGAGGUUGAUCGAGUGGGAGGGCGAGAGCUUCAUAAUAUCUCAUCGGUGACAGGCGGAAUGGUGGCUCAGGAAGCUAUCAAGAUCAUUACGCGGCAGUAUGUCCCGGUGAAUAAUACUUGCAUAUUCGAUGGGAUCGGGGGGACUACGCUUGUGCUCAAGCUGUGA